AUGUUUCGAAAAUUCGAUGAAAAGGAAGAUAUAAUUGGGACGCAACAGCUUAAGCUGUCUGCUCAGAAGUCUAUACGAUUGAAGAUAGUGGAACAAUUACCGCUAUUGACUGAUUAUAUCAAUGAUAUAUUACCAAAGAAAGAUUGUUUCAAGUUAAUCAAGUGUAAAGAACAUGUUGAGUUGAUCGCGGAUUGCGAUGGAAAAGUGCUGUUUGUCAAACCGAGAGACAUACCAUAUCUACCUACAUUACGUCUUCUACACCAGUACCCAUUUAUUUUACCUCACGAGCAGGUAGACAAAGGUGCGAUUAAAUUUGUUCUCAAUGGAUCUCAAAUCAUGUGUCGCGGCUUAACUAGUCCAGGUGCAAAGCUGAACAUGAGUGUCCCUAAAGACUCUAUUGUUGCCCUUAUGGCAGAGGGGAAAAAACACGCACUAGCUAUCGGCCUAACUAAAAUGUCUCCAGAGGAUAUAAUGACCGUUAACAAGGGUAUUGGCAUAGAUAACCUUCAUCAUCUGAACGAUGGUCUUUGGAAAGUGCAAGCAGUUUCAUAA